CCAAAAUUAAGAGCAUUGAUAGAAGCUCACGAAAGAACACCCGAGGCCCUAAGACAGGAUAGCUACCAGUGCCAGCACUAUUCUAUCAAAGACUACAUUCACCAUGGGGAAAAGCUCUACCAGCCGUAGGGCUUCAUCGGUGGAAAGAAGAUUCAGCCGUUCGAGAAAUGGAUCGGUGACAUCAUUGGACUCCCACGCAAGCUUUUUGAAUGAAGAGAACAACCAUGAGAUGUUUUCGGGGGCAGCGUCAGAAGUCAUUCCGUCCUCAAUCACCUCAUUGCAUUAUCCACAUCAUUUUGGCAGUUUCAGAAGCAGAACUGACUUUGCUGCUUCCAGAGAAACCUCGCCAUUUUUGGGCCCCACCCAAACUAGAGACUCCGACCUUGGAUCCUUGAGAUCCAACGCUUCGGCUAACUCACACGAUACCCAAGUUAACUUCAAGUUCUUUUCUCCUGAUGAAAUUGAAAUGGCCCAAGGUGGUUCUACAUUGGAGAAUGUCGAGGACCCUGUCGAUUACAAUACCAACUGGGACUAUUCGGUUGACAAGUACGGAGAAGAGGGCACUGAGGACCCUAUUACUUUCCGUCAAACAUCCUUUUCCAACCAGCAAGAUUAUUAUGGCUCUCUCAAUCAGGACGAAGAUGAAACGACUUCAGUCAACUUUGAUUAUCGCAACAGAAGAACCUCCAACGAAUCGGAUGCUUCUAGUUUACUUGAGAAUGAAAGUGUGCAGUCGGACCAAGCAGUCCAGGAGUUUGAUGAAAACUACCCCACCAAGCUCGUGUACCAAAGAUAUUACUUGGCAGAAGAGGACUUGGUUAUAGGUAUUGCAGGGUACUCCAACUGUUGGUGGAAAAAAUUACUUUACUACUUGUUGUGUAUUUUCACCUGUGGCUUGGGAUACUUGAUUUUGAGGUGGUUCCCUAGAUAUAGGGUCAACUUGAUGGGUAAUAAAUGUCCAUUGGGUAAGUCUGACUGGUGUGUCAUUGAAAACGCAUUUGGUGAAUUAGCAAUAGUUCAAAUUUCGAAGCAAAGGUUGAAUGAUAGAUUAUCCACAUUUUUGAAUCCUUCUGAGCAAUUUGCAGAAGAUGAUGCCAAACCUUUCUCAAAGGAAUUUGACCCAGUUGUUCCCUUUAUUCAUUCGUUUACCUACAGAUACAUCAGUUUCUUCUAUAAUCCAGUAGAAGAUAUUUUCAGAACUAAUUCUAACUGGUACAGUCCACAAUGGUUGAACAUUAAGAACACUAAAGAAGGUGUAUCUCAGUCAUUGCAAGAGCAAAGAAUUGGUAUUUUUGGUGAGAAUAAUAUCGAGAUUGAAGAAAAGAGCAUUUUGCAGUUGUUGAGCGAUGAGAUCUUGCAUCCAUUUUACGUUUUUCAGGUAUUUUCCGUCUUCUUGUGGUUGGCUGACGAUUAUUUUUACUAUGCUUCGUGUAUUUUCGUGAUCUCAAUGAUUUCGAUUGUGAAUUCCUUGAUUGAAACAAAGUCUACCAUUAGUAGAUUGCAACAAGUUUCACGUUUCGUUUGCGAAGUUAGAGUCUGGAGAAAUGGAUUCUGGAAACAAAUCGACUCCAACGAAUUGGUUCCUGGUGAUGUUUUUGAAGUUGAUCCUUCCUUGUCUGUUGUUCCUUGUGAUGCCAUAUUGAUCAAUGGUGAAUGUGUGAUCAAUGAAUCCAUGUUGACCGGUGAAAGUGUUCCUGUGACUAAGUCAAGUGCCACGCAAGAAACAGUUCAAUUAUUGCCUGAGAACUUCACUGCUCCUUUAUUGUCAAAGUCAUUCUUAUACAAUGGUACCAAGAUUUUGAAAUUGAAGUCUUCCAAUGAUGAGCCAGUCACUGCAAUGACCGUGAAAACUGGGUUCAACACAACCAAGGGUUCUUUGGUUAGAUCAAUGUUAUUUCCUAAGCCCACGGGAUUUAAAUUCUAUGAAGACUCGUUCAAGUAUAUUGCAUUUAUGACCAUGAUUGCAGCAAUUGGAUUUACAUACUCAACCUAUAACUUUCUUCAAUUGGGAUUGCCUACAAGACUUAUAGUUUUGAGAGCUUUGGACAUCAUUACUAUUGUCGUUCCCCCUGCUUUACCUGCCACUUUAACAAUUGGAACUACUUUUGCAAUCAGCAGGUUGAAAAAACUACAAAUUUACUGUAUUGCACCAACUAGAGUCAAUAUCGGUGGUAAAUUAGACGUUAUGUGUUUCGAUAAAACAGGAACUUUGACUGAAGAUGGCUUGGACAUUUUGGGUGUUCAUUUAGCAAAAAAUGCCGAGGGUAGAAAGGAAAUCAUAUUUGACGAUUUAAUCACUAGUGCACAAGAUAUCUCGCAAGCUGAAGUCAAGUCGCAACAUGAAUUGAAUAAUGGAAAGUACUUGUUAGGUGGUAUGUCUUCUUGUCAUUCAUUGAGUUUGAUUGAAAAUGAAUUGUUGGGAGACCCAUUAGACUUCAAGAUGUUCGAAUUUACCAAAUUCACUUAUAACGAAGACUUAAUCACCAACAAGUCUACAGUCUCCAAUGGUUCAGUGACUUACACAUUCAUCAAGGAAUUUGAAUUCAUCUCUGCAUUAAGAAGAAUGACCAUUUUGGUAUCGGACUCUACCAACAAUUACGUGUUUUCAAAGGGAGCUCCUGAGGUUAUGUUGGAUAUCUGUGAUCCAGAAACACUUCCUACCAACUAUGAGGAGCUUCUUCACCAUUACACUCAUAAUGGUUUCAGAGUUAUUGCUUGUGCCUACAAAAAAUUAGACAGUAAAAGAGAAGGGCUUAAUGGAAGUCGUGAAUCAUACGAAUCUGGAUUGACCUUUACAGGGUUCAUUAUUUUCGAAAAUAAGUUGAAACCAUCUACUACAGGCACUUUGCAAGAGCUCAACAAGGCUCAAAUCAGAACUAUUAUGUGUACAGGAGACAAUAUUUUGACCGCUAUUAGUGUUGGUAAAGAGUGUGAGUUAAUUGACCCUUCUGUUGAGGGAAUCUACCUUCCAAAUUUUGUUGAAGACGAGACCAGUGGAGAGACGAAAUUGGAAUGGCAGGAAUUGAACAAUCCUCUCAGAAAACUAGAUCCAGAUACCUUGAAAACAAGCGAUAUUAGGCACGAUGAAAAGUAUGUUCUAGCAAUUACGGGUGACGUUUUCAGAUAUCUUUUGACAGAAUUAAAAAACACCAGACUCAUUGAAAGUGUCCUAAUGAAAUGUGAUAUUUUCGCAAGAAUGUCCCCCGAUGAAAAGCACGAAUUGGUGGAACAGCUUCAAAGGAUCGACUAUACCGUUGGUUUCUGUGGUGAUGGUGCCAAUGAUUGUGGUGCUUUGAAAGCUUCAGAUGUUGGUAUUUCCCUCUCUGAAGCCGAAGCCUCGGUUGCUGCACCUUUUACAUCUAGAAAGUUCGAAAUCUCGUGUGUCUUGGAUGUGAUCAAAGAGGGUAGAUCUAGUUUGGUUACAAGUUUCUCAUGUUUCAAGUUCAUGUCCUUAUAUUCAGCCAUCCAAUUUGUCACAGUUACCAUUUUGUAUAAAAGGGGUACAAACUUGGGUGAUUUCCAAUUCUUGUAUAUUGACAUGUUUUUGAUCUUACCAUUGGCCAUAUUUAUGUCGUGGUCCAAACCAUUUGAUAGAUUAGUGAUCAAGAGACCAACAGCUAACUUGGUGAGUCCAAAGGUUUUAAUUCCAUUGAUCUGUCAUAUUUUGGUUUUAUUAACUUUCCAAGUUUUGAUAUGGAGAUGGGUUCAAAACGAACCUUGGUACAUCAAACCAGUUCCAGGUGGUGAUGAUGAGGUCAAAUCGACAGACAACACUGUGUUAUUUUUCUUCAGCAAUCUCCAAUAUAUCUUGAUUUCUGUUGUUUUGAGCAGUGGACCUCCAUAUAGAGAAAGCAUGACCAAAAACACUCCGUUCAUUAUUAACUUGAUAUUUCUGGUGUUGUUAUCGUUGGCAUUGUUCCAAAUCGACGAAAACUCCUGGUGGGCUGAUUUGAUGCAAUUGACUAAUUUAAGCAAGAAGUACUAUACAUAUAUAGUGAUUCUUGCAUUACUCAAUCUUGUGGUUAUGGUUUUGGGAGAGGAAAAAUACUUUGCUCACAUAGCCCUGUUGUACAAGAGAUUGUUUCACAAGCACAAGCUAGGCAAGAGUAAAAAGACUUUUAAAAACUUGAGAAAGGAGUUCUCAAGAAUAGAAACAGUUUAACAAAUACCUUUGUUGUUUCCCCACUGUUACUUGUCAAAUACAACGUUCCAAAUUAUAUUUAUUGUUAGAUAUUACAAAAAAUAAAC